CUCGGGCCCUCAGGCGGAGCGGCGGGCGCCGGACCCCCAGGUGGAGCGACAGGUCUCGGGCCCUCAGGCGGAGCGGCGGGCGCCGGACCCCCAGGUGGAGCGACAGGUCUCGGGCCCUCAGGCGGAGCGGCGGGCGCCGGACCCCCAGGUGGAGCGACAGGUCUCGGGCCCUCAGGCGGAGCGGCGGGCGCCGGAUCCCCAGGCGGAGCGACAGGUCUCGGGCCCUCAGGCGGAGCGGCGGGCGCCGAACCCCCAGGCGGAGCGACAGGUCUCGGGCCCUCAGGCGGAGCGGCAGGCGCCGGACCCCCAGGUGGAGCGACAGGUCUCGGGCCCUCAGGCAGAGCGGCGGGCGCCGAGUCAUCUGGCACGACAGUGGGCUCCGAGUCAACUGGCAUGACCGCUGGCACUGGGUCAGACAUUGGAUCGUCUGGCUGGACAGCGGGCAUCGGGUCACCCGGCAUCAGGUCAUUUGGCUCGACCGCAGGCACCGCAUCAUCUGGCAAGGCAGUGGGCUCCGAGUCAAGUGGUAUGACCGCGGGCACUGGGUCAGACAUUGGAUCGUCUGACUGGACAGCGGGCAUCGGGUCACCAGGCAUCAGGUCAUUUGGCUCA